AUCAGUUACCAGGCACAUCCACUAGCCUCUCUUCCGCUGCCAUUCCCGCUCGGCCAUGGCGAUCCCUCCGCCACCCCCUCCACCGCCUCCUCCACCACCCUUCCAUGGCGGCACCCCGAGCCCGAUCCGUACCAUGCCUCUCCUCACCCCCAACGCCCUGGCGCAGGGCGCGCUCCUCGCUCGCCGCGACGCCGACGCGAGCUCCUCCACGGCACCUCCGGGCCAGUCGUCGUUGGCCGCGGUCUUCAUCAACCAGCACGUUCCCCUCGUGCUCAGCCUCAACCCUCCCAACUUCUCCCAGUGGCGCACCCUCUUCGAGGUGCAGUUCCAGAAGGCCGGCGUCACCGACCACAUCACCGGUCCGCCCCGGCGGGCGGAUGCCGCCUGGCUUCAGGACGACGCUCACGUCCUCUCGUGGCUCUACAACCGAGAUAGCCCCGAGAUCUUCGGCCUGGUGCAUCGCCACAGAGCUACUGCUGCUGAGGUUUGGGAGGCGAUCUGCGCAAUCUUCCUCACGAACCAGGAGCACCAACUCGUCCUCCUCGCCACCAAAUUCCGCCGCAUCGAGCAAGGAUCCUCCUCCAUCCUCUCCUACUUUGCUCGGCUCAAGGACUGCGCCGAUCGCCUGGUAGACUUGGGCGAGCACGUCGGCGAUCGCGACCAAGUCCUGAACAUGAUUCGCGGUCUCCAUCCCAGGUUUAGCUACGCUGUCCCCAUACUCACAAUGCAGUCUCCCUUCCCCACCUUCCUUCGCUGUCGUGCAUUCCUUCUCCUCGAGGAAAGCCGCCACGCCGAGGACACCCCCAACGACGUCGCCCUGCACGCUGCGCGCACACCGACGUCUCCAAACUCCAGCGGGGGCAACGACAACACCAACCGCCCCGACGGGGGUGGCCGUGGUGGCGGCCGCGGCAGAGGAAGGGGCAGGGCCUCUGGAGGGGGCGGGCCCCCUCAGCACGGCGGGGCUGCGCCUCCCCCCCGCUCUCCUGCCUCGGCGCCUUGGACGGGUAUGGUCCACGCCUGGCCCAUGCCGUGGCGCCCCCACGCUCCUGGUGCUGGAAUCAUUGGGCCGCGCCCCGGCGGCCUGUCUCCCUUCGCCGGCGUUGCAGCUCAGUACGGCGUGCCACCGCCACCUGCCUCGACUCCACCAGCACACUGGCAGUACGGGGCUGUUCCCCCGCACCCGAUCUACGGCCUCAACCACGCCGCGCCUCCCGCGGCGCCACCACAUGCCUGGGAUCAGGCUGCUCUGGUCCAGGCCCUCAACGCCAUCAGUGUGCAACAAGGACAGGCGUCGUCGAGCUCUGGUGGCGAAUGGAUCCUCGACUCCGGCGCGACAUCCCACAUGGCUUCCUCCUCUGGAUCGAAGCACGAAGGCGGAGAUCCUCCGCUGUGAUUCACCGGACGAGCUCUACACUCUCCACCCAUCGCACCGGUCCCAAGCACCACAUGCCUUCACCGCCGUCACGCGCGAUACUUGGCACCGGCGUCUUGGCCACCUUGGUGACGAUGCGCUGGACUGCACCCUUCACCGCGCCUCCAUCAACACAACUGGCGCCCCCGGCGCCAUCUGCACCGCCUGUCAACUAGGAAAAAUUCACCGUCUACCUUUUAGCUCUUCGGAUCAUAUUUCGUAUUUCCCUUUUCAGCUUGUACACUGUGAUGUAUGGACCUCGCCCGUGCUUAGUUUGUCUGGUUGUCAGUACUACUUAAUCGUUGUUGAUGACUAUAGUCAUUUCAUGUGGA